AUGUCUGGGACCGCACAGGCCCAAACAAUUUUUGACAAGGGUCUCCGAGGGCCGGUAUCUGAACAACUGGGAACGAUCUCAAACCUCAGCAGACUAUUCGAAGAGAACCCAGCACCAACUUUUGUCAACUCUAUGUUAUUAAGAGUGGCUGAUGCAUUCAAGGAUGGAAAUCUUGAUCUUCGUGUUGCCAUCGCUCGAGCCCUCAGUCAAUGUGGAACACAUCUGACACUCGCAUUCUCCACACCCGAAAUCUUCCGACGAAUUCUCACAGUCAGCCAUUCAAACGAUCCGAACGCUCGAGAAACUGUACUUGAUGUUCUAGCCGAACUGUCAGCACUUCUACCAGAAUCCAAUCAAUGUCAUCAUUUGAUUCGAGAGUCACUUUCAACUAAUCAUGAAGGUGAAUUUCGAGCGACAUGUCAUGCACUCAAAUCAUUCGCAUCGCUGUCACGAACGUUUUCCGAGUCGAUUGUUCUGCAAAUCGGCAAGAUUCUUGAAGAAGAUGAAGCAUCUGAAUCAAGGAAAGUUCAAUUAUGCUCCGCGUUUUCUACGAUGAGUGCUACUGCACAAGUUGUGGAGCAGGUGUUCGGAAUCGCUGAUACAAUUCUUCCAAGAACAAUAAGUGAUGAGUAUUUCCAUGCGUUCAUCGACUCUACGACGAGUUUAUGCAUCGAAAUCAGAUAUGCUAUUUCUAAACAGAUUGGAUUGCUACUGAAACUCCUAACUCCUUCAGGAAAAGAUCAACCUCCGUCAGAAACUCGACGGACCAUAAUUUUGAAGGAACUGAAGAGGUUGGCUGAAUUCCCAACUAUAUGGUCAGAGGAACAAGUAAAAAUCUUUUUGGCAUCACUAAAACCCGGAAUGACUUCUCGAUCUCUAAUGGAUUUUUUCGACGCGACAACUUCUCUUUCGAAAAAUUGCCCUAUUGAAAUUCUAUAUGCUUUAAAAAAUCUUGCUAUGUCGAAUACAGGAUAUGGAUCUCAUGCUAACCCAGAAGUCAGCGUUCGAUUCGUGUAUUUCGCCUCUCAAGUUGUCUGUACGCCCAGAGCAUUUGAGAAGGAUUCCCCAGAAACCAUCGAAUGCACAAUGAUGGCUUUCUCUGUAGUCAUAGUGAGCACAUGUACUUGUGGAAAACUGAAGACACGAUUAGCUUCGAAAUUGUUUCGAGCUAUCGGAGAUCUUCUACUGGCCUUCCCGUACACUCAUAACGUUUUCUGUCCUAUGAUCAUAUCCGCAUUGUUUUCUGCAUUCGACUCUCCUGUAACCGAUGAUUCUAAUCAGAAGGAACGAUUGGAGCUGUUGUGUCGACUGGUUGAUUCUGAGAAAAUGUACAUUCCAGAGAUACACAAAUGGGCGUGUCAAGUGAAGAACGAGAAGAAAAAGUUAUUCGAUACAUAUCCCAGUCAGUUCUCAUAUCUUAUUCUUGCUGUCGGAACAUCUCUCCCUGAAAACUGUCCACAAGUGUUUUACGAUGAAUGUGACGUGUCAAAGUAUGAAACAGCAAGAAGUGCAUUCCGAAAUGGACAUUGGAAAAGUGUGGCAUCUCCAAAUCUGGAUGCUCUCAACCUGUACCAUAUGCCACAGUUUGAGAAGAAAUGGAUCAUUGCUCUCCGAGAAAUCGCUGAUUCAGAAGUGACAUGUCUUGGAUUGGACAACCUAGAAAAGCAGCAGAAUCAUCUUAUCAGUGCAUUAUCUGCUCUGAAAUCAGCGAAAUCUGGUUCUCGCUUUGGAGCAGAUCUUCGUUUUCCGAUUGGAAUGACUUCUGCAAUGUUAUCAAGUUCCUAUGCACAUUUUCAUCUUCUUUCGGUGCUCCGCCCGUUUCUUACAGUUUUAUCCGGUGCUCUCCAAAAUGAUUCCUUCUUCAAUCCAGUGAUGGCGAAACGGUUUUUGGUAGCUCUCUCUCCCUGUGAAGCAUCAAUAAAUGAAGCACUAAACGACUGGUCCGCUCUGUGUCGAGCCAGUUUUUGCGCUGAUUCAACGUCUUUCGAUCUCAUAACUCUAUAUUAUCUACGAGUAUCUGUACUAUUGGUCUCUGUUAGAGUGAUUCUCAAAAAGCAAUCACCGGAUAAUAUUGUCCAAAUUCCACCAAUGAACAGUGCGAGAACAUGUUCGUUAUUGCAGAAGGAACGAUUGGAAUGGGUCAUAGAUAAAAUCAAAUACCUCCGUUAUGAGUUUCAUCCUAAUAUCAAUACAAUCAAACUUCUCUACACCAUCACAGAGCAGCUAUCCACUAUUCCAUACAUGCUCCCCAGGUUCUUCUUCCAUCAAUUCUACCACGUCGACUUCAAAAUAUCAACAACUCCACAAAUUGAAAAAGAAAAGCCGAUCAAUGUGAUGGUUGGAGAGACGAUUCCGAUUCGUGUAGAUGGUGCUAUUUCAUCGACACAUCCAUCACAGAUUCGAACAGUAAUUGUGUUUGCUGAAGUGACUUACCACACUAAUCAUUCACACAAUCAAGUACUGAAAGAAGUCGUCGAUCAGAUUGAUAGCAAAUACUUCACUGCUCAGUUUCUACUGAGUUUCAAAGCGAAUUGUGAUGUAAGGUUCCGAAUAGAAUUCAUUGAUCAAACAACGAGAAAGCAGUGGAAAGCAGAUGGAGGAACAACGAUUCCAGUUGCAGUUCGAGAAAAGUAUCAUCAGACAGAAUUCAAACGAGCUGGCGCCGUACCGAUACCAGCUGAUCCGCGUUACAUGGUUCGCAGUACAAUGUUCAAUCCGGAAGCUUAG